AUGGCAGGGGUUGUUCUACCAGCUUCAAUCCAGCCUCAACUACUCAGACCCUUGGCUUAUAGGAUACUAACCAAGAAAUUUGGAUUGAAUAUCAAAUCUGAUGGGUUGGUGGCUUUGGCAGCUUACAUUGGCACAGUUUUUGGCCUUUAUUGGAGACAAAAUAGUGAAACCACCAAGUUCUUGGAGCAAUUUGCAAUUAUAUGGAGAGAACAAGGUAGAGGCUUAUUUGUAGAUGAGCUUAACGUCUCACAAGUCAUCAAUGAGAUAAAGGAACGUGAAAAAAUAGAGCAAGACCAACAUGUGGAGAAACGGAACAACCUGCAUAAAGCAAAUAAUCUAGAUGCCUUUUUAAAGAGACCUAACAGCCCGACAGACACUGAAAUUACCACCCUAUCACAGGGGUCUGCUACCUCUGUUGUGAACCCAGAUUCUCAUUCACCAAUGAUGCUCGAAGAGGGGUCGCCUAUUAAUUCUGAUUCUGAGCCAAUAUCAGAGCAUGAACGAGCUAAUGGAAUUUCUAACGUGGAUCAACAGUUGGAUUGGUUAGAUUAUUUUAAAGUGAUAGACGCGUUUAAUCAACAAACUUUCACGUAUGACCAUACGAAAAGACAGUACAUAUACGUACCUCGACCUAAAGAGGUUGAAAAAAACAUGCUUUCGAUCGCAAAACUUAAACUUCCUAAUGUUGAGUCCAAAGUUUCCCUAUUUACGACACGAUAUCACAUUAUAAAAGACAAGGUACUUAGAAACGAAAAAUUUCAGAAUAAUGACAUAUUCAAUCCUUUAUCUUCUAUUAUAGAGAUGGGAAAGCAUAUGAAUGAAUCUGAUGUGUCUCCACUUAAUUCAGCAUCAUAUAUGAAGAUAACGCAAAUAAAAAACUUACUAGGGCAUGAUGGUAAGAACUUUCUAUUGCUUGGACUACUGGAUCAGAAUUCCAAGGGGAAUUGGAGUUUAGAAGACCCCAGCGGUAGCAUUGAAUUGCACCUUCAGCAAGCUAUACCAACGAAGGGAACUUAUUAUGUUCCUGGAUGUAUUGUAUUGGUGGAGGGUAUUUAUUACACUGCAAGCAAUACUUUCGUUGUAUCAUCAAUUACACAUCCUCCUGGUGAGAAGAGAGAAGAUACAAUAGAAGCUAUUGGUAACUUGGACCUAUUGGGUGCAUACAAUCCUUCCAAUGAAAACUACGUGGCAAGGUUAGAUAAAGAUUUAAAAAUACGAUUGCAUUACCUUGAACAAGAGCUCAGCGAUAACAAAUUUGUCAUUCUCGGAGGGGACAUAUAUUUGGAUGAAAUGACUACAAUGGAUGGACUAAAGAAAACAUUUGACAAGUUAACAACGGAUCCUCCAGUAGCGAUCGUGUUUAAUGGUUCUUUUGUAUCCGUCCCGGUUCAUCCAAGCUUGAACGCAAAGAAUGUGAGUGCAACCGUUUCGUAUAAAAACAACUUCGAUGCGUUGGCUACUCUCCUAAGCAAUUACGAAAAUUUGAUCAACGAUACACAUAUGAUUUUUAUUCCAGGUCCAAAUGAUCCGUGGACAUCAAUGGUUGGACUAGGUACUACUACUAUGUGGCCCCAAAAAAUAAUUCCAUCAUCAUUUACUCAAAAAAUGAGUAGAAUUUGUAGAAAAGUGCAUUGGGGCUCUAACCCAUUAAGAAUUGCAUAUCUAUCACAAGAGAUUGUUCUGACACGCGAUGAUUUAGCAAAUAGAUUUAAAAGAUACAAUAUUGUUUUCCCUACUGUGGAAGAGGAGAAAUAUCUGGAAAAUGCAGAACUUCAAGAGCAAUAUUCAAGAAACCCGGAUGUUUCAGUAGGCCAGUUAAUCGCAUUCAAGAAUAAUUUGCCUGUAAGUGUUUUAGAAUCGAGGAAAUUGGUGAAAACAUUGCUCGAUCAACAACAUCUAUCUCCGUUUUCAUCAAGAAUUCGACCAACUGUUUGGGAUCUUGAUUUCACAUUGCAGCUAUCACCGCUUCCAUCGAGUAUCAUGCUGUGUGACACUAGCGCACCAGCUUUCGAUGUAACGUACAACGGAUGCAAAACGAUCAACCCCGGUAGAUUUAUUCACAAAAGAGCUGCCAAAUAUAUAGAAUUCUUCCCUGCUUCUAAGGUUCUAGUAGAGGAAGAGCUACCAUUUUAA